AUGCCACAUAGUGACCAAGAUGCUUUAGGCGUAGAGGCCUCGGUGCGGAACUCUGAAAAACAAUACCCCGUUCAUGAUGUGGAGGUGGAAAGCGAUCCAGGAGGAGGUCUAGUCGAGAACUACAUAUCCUACCUUCCCACCGUCUACUUUGGUUUCACCUUGCAAGCCUGCUGGGAAGCCGUCGGCCUCUCGCUGCAGCUCAACCUCCUCAAUGGUGGACCGGCUACACUUGUUUAUGGAGGCCUUCUCACCAGCGCUGGGUCCAUUUUCAUUGCGCUCUCGCUUGCCGAGAUGGCAUCCGCCGACCCGGCAGUAGGGGCUCAGUACCGCUGGUCUGCGAGAUUCGCGCCCUUUUCGCCGCGCUUCUGGGGUCUGUUCCAAGGUUGGAUCACCGUCUUUGCCUGGAUGACGAGCACCGCCGCCAGUCUGGCGUACCUGGCGCAGAGCCUGCUGAGCGUCGUCGUGCUGUGGUAUCCCGACUAUGAGGUCCUGCCGUGGCAAAACGCCUUGGUCAUGGCCGCCUUCUGCAUCCCGCCCCUCGUCGCCAACCUGUGGCUCAAGCGCAUCGUCGUGGCCAUGGAGUGGAUCGGCGCACUGGGCCACGGCGUCUUUUGGGUCGCGAGUAUAGCAGUGCUGAGUGCUCUCGGAACCAGAGGUAGUCACGCGGCCGUGUGGGCGAACCUGACGACGGGCGUGAGCGGCUGGGACCAGCCCGGCGUUGCCUUUGGCAUCGGCAUCCUGCCCCUCGCCUUUCCGACCACGGGCUUUGACGGCGUCAUCCACAUGAGCAAGGAGGUCAAGGACGCCAAGCGCAACGUGCCGGCCGCCAUCAUACUCUCGGUUCUUCUCAACUGCUUCAUGAUGUUUUCUUGGCUCGUCGUGGCGGCAUACUAUCUGGGUGAUGUCGACUCACUCGCAGAAGCACCGCUCGGUGUAGCUCUCGUGGGUUUAUACAUGAAUGCCACAAAGUCCAAGCCGGCGACGACGUUCCUCGUCAUGUGUCAUGCAUUCAUCUUGUACGUGUCGCUCGCCAACAUUUUCGCUUCCGUGGCGAGACUCACGUGGGCUUUUGCCGAGAAUAAGGGGUUGCCGUUUUCGAGGCACAUUGUGCAUGUAUCCAAUCGUUUCAAACAGCCGUUACGUGCGCUUUUUCUCGUUGUAACCGUUUGCGUAAUAUUAUGCAUCAUCUCCAUUGGCAGUACCGCUGCAUUCAACGCCAUGAUUUCCCUCCCGCUUAUCGGACUGUACAUCUCAUACGGCAUCCCAAUUGUAUUUUUACUCACUUUGAGGCUUCGAAACCGCGUACCAAAACUUGGCCCCUUUAGUCUUGGGUCCUUCGGGACCCCGGUCAAUGCCUUGGCUGUAGGCUACAUAUUGUACGUUUUGAGCUUUGCCGCACUCCCUACGGUGCUCCCAGUCAGCUCGGAGAAUAUGAAUUAUGCAGGACCACUUGUUCUUGCGGUCAUGUUGGCUGCCGGCGCAGAUUGGUUCGUCUCUGGUCGAAGGCGCUUCGAGUUGCCAGAAACUGCUCCCACAUCUGAGUAG